AACUUGUGAUAAGAAUGAAAUUCGAUACUGUCUUCUAAAAGUAUUCAAAGAAACAGAAAAAUACAUUAAGCAAACUGAUAGUGCCGCUCUAGACCAUACGGUGAAAAAUAUUUUUUACCCUUUGGAAAACCGAAGCAAUGACACCGUGGCUCGUGCAAUAGCUUUGAAGAUCCUUGAUUCUACUUUUCCGAUUGAAGCGAAUGCUGCUAUAUUUGCAGCAGACAAGUUAUGCGCUAAAUCUGAAAAAUUUUCUGUCAUUUUAUGUGAUCAACUAGAAACAAAAUUUCAGUCUA